AUGGCUCGUGAAGGCACCCGCUCAGCCACUGGUUCGUUUUUACCAUAUCCCUAUGUUGCCGCUGCCAGCUUGCGAUAUAGCUCAGCGCGAAACUCCCGACCGAGGGUCUUCCCCACCGUCCCUGAGACGACGACUACCACCACGAAGAAGCGUGCGACUGCAAACACUGGUGCUAAGAGAGGGCCAAAGGCGGCGACUACCACCAAGGCUGCCAAACCAACUGGCGUCACCAAGAAGAAGGCACCUGCAAAGAAGACAUCUGUGGCUACGAAGGCAAAGGGUGUUGUGAAGAAGGCCGAGGGAGUUGUCACUGGCAACCCUGAGAAGAAGGCUGCUGGUACCAAGAAGAUCAAGGGUACUGAUGGCGCCGCAGCAAAGCCCAAGGCUAAGACCGUGAAGAAGUAG